CACUUGUGACUUGCCGACUUGUUUGCUUGUUAAAAUAUUUAAUAUUUUCUCCAAAAGAAUAUAAUUGAGGCAUUUUCCUGAUACGUCUUUCUAACAUAAUUAUUGCUAUGAUAUCACUAUAUGUGGAAAAAGGAGUUGCAUACGUAUGGAAUGCAGAAGAUUGGUUUACCCUUCGUACGCAACAUAGAAUAUGCGGCGCACUUGUUGGAACUUUGCCUUCUUACCCUAGGCAAAACGAUUUCUUAGGUCUGCCAGUGGCUUUGAUGUCGGAAGAAGCAGCAUUGUUAGUAAAUAAGGGCAUUUGUGAAUUAUAUGAACUUCCAAAAAUUACAUCCAAACCUGAUAAAGCAAGCAUACAAGAUGCAAAAAGUAUGGAAGAAAAAGUAUUAGCAGAACAAACUGAAGCCUUAAGAAAGCGAAGAAUUGAACAAUUGUCACAGAAAAUUGAUAUUAUAGUUGCUGGGAAAAGGCAGAAACUGAUUAUGAAAAAAAUGACAAUUACAGAAGAAAAUUUGAAUAAACAAGCAUUAUUGCAGGAGGAAAUAGACAAACUACCUCCUUUGUUACCAGCUCAUGUACUAGUGCAUUUGCCAACACAGCACCAUACAGAUACAGAAAAAAACAUAGUUGGCUUAGAUGUUCUGUGUCCUAGCGUAGUGCAAGGAGAUGGAGCUCUGCAUUUCACUGUUUUUCUUGAUCUUUGGGAAAAAGGGCAUUACAUUACAAGUGGCUCGAAGUUUGGAUCAGAUUAUUUAGUUUAUCCAGGGGACCCUGUAAAAUUUCAUGCUAUGUACAUGGUUCGCUGUGUUAGGGAUGAUAAGGCCUCCUUUAGACCUAUCAACCUAAUUACAUUUGGAAGAUUAUCAGUAGCUGUUAAUAAAAUUGCCCUAUUAGCGUUUUGUAACCUAUAUGGACAAGUUCAAUACCAAACUUUACAAUGGCAUGAUAAUACUAAUUAAGUGAAAUAUCAA